AUGAACUCGACCUCGCGCAAAAGGAAGCAUCGUUCAAACAACCAUGCCUAUCACCAUCCUGCUGGCUACCCACCUUCCUCACCUCACCAAGAAACCUUCCUCAGCCACCACGAAGCGUACACCAACACCGCCUCCCAUCGACCUGCAGACCUUGAUUCCCCAAGGCAGGAUGUGGACCCGCUCCAGGUGCUGUACAUCCAAGCACACGAAGCGGAUGUCGUUCGGGGGCCUACGGCUAGGGUGGCUGCUGAGUCACUCGAGGUCAUCGAGUACCGGCGAGAUGGGACGCGGUGGAUUGCUGUCCCGAAGAGGGGCUCUGCGCUGAUUAGGGUCGGAGGAGAGGCGUCUACGGGAUACGGAAGGUCUCUGUCGAUUGAGGACGACGAAGAUGUCGUGGCAGGCCCAGCGAGAGAAGAUGAGUCGGCGGUGGAGGGGAUGUGGGUCGACCGAUACGAUGCACGUCUCCUCUUAGACUCCCUGCCCACCUCAACUCCAGGGGCAAGCACUACCUCAACUUUGACUACGGCACCACCGGAUUCGCCAACAGGAUGGUCGGACCUUCCCUCUGACUCGGAGGACACGUUCUUUCUCGACCCAGACGAGGUGGAGGACUUCCAGCGCGAGAAGCGUCGUCGGGAGCUCGAGAAAAUCAGGGGGGAGAGGCUGAAAGCCCGUAUGGAGGAGGAUGGUGCCGGCCCGUCUGUGCCAGCGGAGGAUGUUUGGGGUGGGAGCGACGAGGAGCCCGACGACACUGUCAAGCAGCUCAUCGAGCGCACGGCGGUGCAUAUCUUGUCCUCGCCCAACUCUGCCCAGCUCGAGAUGAAGAUCCUUGCAAACCAUGGCGCGGAUAAGCGGUUUGCUUUCCUGCGUGGUAGAUGGAGCCGAGCAUGGAAUUUGGCUAAAGCCAAGGCUAGGCUGCAGAAGGAGAAAGAGAAAGAGAAGAACGACCAGAAGCCGCCUGGGAUGGGAUUAUUGGCUGGGUAUGGAAGCGAUUCGGAUGAGAGUGGUGGUGAGGAAGAUGGGGACAAAGAAGCUGAGGCGAAGCCAGCAGCAGAGGGAACAGCAACAACAGAAGUCGACGAGGAGGCAGCCAAAGAGGCAAGGCGGAAGAGGUUGAAGGAAUGGACGGACAAACGACGGAUGGCUGCUAGCUGA